AUGGCUUCCUUCAGAGAUUCGACAGUUGUGGUUAUCGAAACAGGACGUACAGUCAUACGUGCUGGCCUUGGGCUCCAUGAACUUCUAAAGACUCCAGCUGUGGAAGUUACUGCACGCGUCGGCCUUCGUCGAGACGCGUUGACAAGCGGUCAUGUGCCAAAUGUCAAGGACUAUUUAGUUGGCACCCAACUUGACGAUGCACUUGCUGCAGCUGCCGAUAUUUUGGUGUCAUGGCCAUUUGCCGAGGGGCCUAUAAAAGACUGGGUACAAGCUGAAGCUCUUUGGAAACACGUUCUUUUUGACAAACUACAACGACGUCGCGUCCAAAACGAAUCUCCCGUGCUGCUAUCCAUCGCUUCAGGUCUCUCCAGAGACGAAUAUGAACGGAUCUGUCAAAUGUUCUUCGAGCGCUUCAAUGUGGCGGGCUUUGGUAUCUUGGAGCGUCCCAUGGGUCAAAUAUAUGCUGCUAACAGUCUGAGUGGUGUGGUCGUUGACAUAAGUCAGUUCCAAACUGACAUUACCCCGGUCUACGAGGGCUUUAUCGCCCGACAAGCCCGUGUCUCGACUUCUGUUGGGACUGGGGACUGCGAAAACUAUCUUGCAUAUCUUUUGCGCUCAAAUCAAUCUGUUCUGGCCGCAAUAUCACCACCAGAGGCUCCUCUAGAACCUCAGAAUGUCCACGCUACCCUCGUUCAGCUUGCUAGUCAGGUCUGGAGAGAGGGACACGUCAAAGUCCCCUCGGACGGAGAAACUGCUGCUACCGAAGAUGAAGGGGUGACCGAUAUUGCCGCUGUUAUUGUCGCGGGGAAGGAGCGCGCUCUUAUUGAGAGCGGUAUGAAAAAACGAGCAACUGCAAAGGCUUCUGCUGCAGAACAAGCCCGGGCGCGGGAACUCGAGGCUUUGGAUCUUAUAACGGUACAGUUUCGCGGACAGUCUGUUACAUUGGGCAAAGAACGGCAUAGAUUUUGCGAGCCUUUGUUUGACCCAACCCUUCUACGUGCAAUUCCCUCUACCUUACCAGAAUCCACACCACGGUCUACUGAAGUGCUCUCGUGGUCUUUACAAGAAGCGGUUGGACAUGCCGUCGCACAAACAGAAGUCGACCAACGUCAAUAUAUAUGGGGCGGCCUUUUCGUGACUGGGGAAAUAACGCAGCAUGUGAAAGGGAUCGGAAUCGCGCUUCAAUCCCGUGUUGCUCCGUUUUUAGUCAAUCCAGACCUACAAACCGAGUUGCAAACAAGAGCGGUUCGGGUGCUCAAUGUCCCAGACUAUUUCCCCGAAUACCGGGACACUGGCAAUGGUUUCGCAGCUUUCCUCGGCGCCAGCAUCACUGCCAAAAUUACAUUCAACGACUCAAUGAGCAGAAAUUUUGUAUCUAAAGCAGACUAUUCAAGUAAAGGGCCGCGCUCAGUGAUCGAGAUGGCGCCUUCGUUGUUGUAG